CCUGGGAAAUGUACUGUCGGUUUGUAGUAGCACUAGCGCACCUCACUGCUCUACCGGAUCUCAAACCGAAUCUCUAUGCAAGUGGGCAACACACCUGUGGAGGUGGAGGAGACCGGGAAGAAAACGCGCGCAGCUACACAGAUCUCGAGCCAUUCUUCUUCUUCUCCAAAGCCUCUUCUCCAGCUUGCGCGCGCAUUGCCCACCGAUCCUGUCAGACUUUAAUCCGUGGCCAGGCAAAGCCAGCUCUAGCUAUUUAACAUCCUCCCACUCCCACCACCAACCCCGCACCCGCGCGCUGCCCGUCUCCCUGCCAUGGAUCCCGACUCCGAGAUCAGCUUCGACUUCCAGCCCUUCCUCUGCCAGUACAAGAGCGGCCGCGUCUUCCGCUACCGCAGCAAUGCCACCGUCCCCGCCGGCACCGACCCCGUCACAGGCGUCGUCUCCAGGGACAUCCACGUCGGCGCCGCCCGAGCGCGCGUCUACCUCCCGCCCGACGCGGCCGCGUCCAAUGCCAAGCUCCCCGUCAUCCUCUACUUCCACGGCGGCGGCUUCGUCGUCGGCUCGCCCGCCGGCACCUCCAACCACGCCUACCUCAACGACCUCGUCGCCCGCGCCGGCGCCAUCGGCGUCUCCGUCUACUACCGCCUCGCGCCGGAGCACAUGCUCCCCGCGGCGUACGAGGACGGCUGGGCGGCCGUGCGGUGGGCCGCCACGCGCGGGGACGGCGCCGACCCGUGGCUGCUCGAUCACGCCGACCUUUCCCGCGUCUUCCUCGCCGGCUGCAGCGCCGGCGCCAACCUCGCGCACAACAUGGCCAUCCGCGCCUCCGCGACCGGCGCGCUGCCGAAGGGCGUCACCGUCCGCGGCCUCCUGGCCGUGCACCCGUACUUCACCGGGAAGGAGGCCGUGGGCGCGGAGGUGGACUUCCCCGCGGACGUGAGGGAGCACAUGGACUGCACCUGGAGGUUCGUCUUCCCGGGGUCUGCCGGGCUGGACGAUCCACUCGUGAACCCGUUCGUCAACGACGAGGCGCGCGCCGCCGUGGCCAAGAUCUCGUGCGAGCGCGUGCUGGUGUGCGUGGCCGAGGCCGACCUCCUGCUCAAGGAGCGCGGCCUGUGGUACUACCGGGAGCUCAAGGCGAGCGGCUACGCCGGCGAGCUGGACCUGUUGGAGUCCAAGGGCGUCGGCCACGGGUUUCACAUGGAUAUGCUCCACUCCGAGGAGGGCGUCAAGCUGCAGAAGCGCACCGUUGCCUUCAUCAGGAAAUGACAACGGCCGGUGGAGGAAAAUAGGUCUCCUUUUAUGUUUCUGAUAAUUGAGUUUUUGAAAUAUUUGAAAUUUACAUUUAUGUUCUAAAAAUCAUAAGAUUUUUCCAUGAAUAAUACAGACACAUGUCUGAGAAGUUUCGGUAAAAAUAACGUUGUAUUUUCAACUACAGAAAUAACAAAUUUGUGGCUAUAUAUAGUAUAGCAAACGCGGAUUUAGUCAGAAAAUAUCUUUCUUGUAUAAUUCAAUUACUCCCCCG